AUGUCCUCAUCGGAAACGACUCCAGACCGCACGCCGCAGCCGCGCACAAUCAUCCCGGACAUCAAUGUCCCAGACCCAACUGCCGACGAGAUAGAUUUGGCCGGCCAGUCAUGGGUGAUGGCGACAGUCAUUGAAGACGACGACUUGAUGUUCGGUGGCAAGCCACUGUGUGACUGGUAUGAGGAGGACAGAAGAGCGCUUAGCUCGUGCAUCGAUGAGGAGCAGACGAGAGGGCGCCCGCGCGAACGUGCCCACAUUGAGAGCCACCAUCACGACAAGGCGCACCAUCAUCAUCAAGUUAAACAUGAGCGAAAGGUGAACGAGAGAGCGGCCUCGUGUCCCGCCCGCGAUUGA